AUGGUCAGACUCAUCAAGGUCAGACUGAUCAUGGUCAGACUCAUCAUGGUCAGACUCAUCAUGGUCAGACUCAUCAAGGUCAGACUGAUCAUGGUCAGACUCAUCAUGGUCAGACUCAUCAGGGUCAGACUCAUCAUGGUCAGACUCAUCAGGGUCAGACUCAUCCUGGUCAGACUCAUCAUGGUCAGACUUAUCAUGGUCAGACUCAUUAGGGUCAGACUCAUUAGGGUCAGACUCAUCAUGGUCAGACUCAUCAUGGUCAGACUCAUCAUGGUCAGACUCAUUAGGGUCAGACUCAUCAUGGUCAGACUCAUCAUGGUCAGACUCAUCAUGGUCAGACUCAUCAUGGUCAGACUCAUCAUGGUCAGACUCCCAGCGCUGUCUCCACUACAGUUUGUUUCACUCUUUGUGUGA